AUGCCCGACACCGAAAGCGACCACCACCGCGGCGUCGCGGCCAUCGCCCGCCUGGAUCUUGUCGCACCUCCCGCUGCACCGGCCACCAGCAGCAGCAGCUGUGCCACUGUCACUGCCACCGCCCGUGACGAGGACGAGGAGGACGGGUUCACCUUCGCCGCCGUCGCCGUCGCGGUCCCGCGCCUGCAGGCCGCCGACUGCGCCUUCCAAGAUGCCCGGAUCGGCGUCCCCGUGUACCCCGUAUUCGGCCGCCCACGAUGGUCGCCGCCGAAGGAACAGCAGCAGCAGCAACAGGACGAGGAGGAGGAGGGCCCCGGCGCCGCUGGCACGGCCACCGUGCGGGUGCCGCUCGGGCGGCUCCUCGUGGAGGAGCCGUGGUGCGACUACGCCGACGCCGAGCUCGACGGUGUGCCGGCGGAGACCUACUGCCUGUGGUCCCCCGGUGUUUCGCCGCCGGCGCCAACAGGAUCGUCUCGGCGGGCGUCCCCCGCUCGCUGCCGGAGGAGCGGAUCCAGGGGCGGCGGCAAGUCGUCGUCGACGUCGUUCCUCCCAUGCAAGCAGGAUCUUGUCGAGCUGGUUGCAAGCGUCGUCACGUGCGGGCGGAGCUGCUACCUGUUCUGA